AAAAGGGUGCACUUACAGUACAAAACUGCUGUGCGGCAUGGUGUAGAAAUGUAAAGUAAUAGUUGUGAACUUACCGUAGCAUAUUUAAUGAAAUUGUUUAUGACAUUAAGAAAAUGUCGUGUAAAACAGUAUUCUCAGCUCAGUUAAGCUCCCUGUAUCGUCAUCAUCGGUGUAUAUUCCAGCAACACCGACUUUACAGAAAACUAACAAAUUCAGAAGUUAGAAAGAAAAGAAAUGAACUUUUUGGUGAAGAAAAGAAAAGGCAGAUGGGCCUUAUUAAGAGAGUUGAGAAGAUUAAAGUGGAAUACAAAGGCACGCCAGAAGACUGUACUCUCAUUAUGAACAAAGACUUGUCAACUCCAUUUAACUGUGCUAUGCACAUACAAGAGUUGCUGAUGAGUCGCUCCGCCUUGGCGCUUGUUAAUGGUCAGCCAUGGGACUUGCACAGGCCUCUCACAGAAGACUGUCAGCUAAAGUUUCUCCACUUUAAAGACGAAGAUCCCGCGGCAGCUAAUUCAGCUUUCUGGAGAACUUGUUCUUUUAUCCUGGGGCAUAUACUGGAAACAGCUUUCAGAGAACAACACUAUAUUGAAUUGUGCAGUUUUCCACCACCAAACAUACACAGUGGUAGCUUUGUCCAUGAUGUUGACAUAAAGAUGGGUGACUGGAAACCCUCAACAUCGGAGUUGAGAUGUAUGGGAAUGAUUGGCAGAAAGCUGCGCUUUGAAGACCUGAAAUUUGAAAGGCUGGAGAUUGAUGCAAAGUUAGCAGAAAAAAUGUUUGAAGACAAUAGGUUUAAGAAGGUUCAAAUACCUCAUAUAGCGAGCCUGUCAAAAUCAGGCAGCUCAGUCACAGUGUACAAGAUGGGAGAGCACAUAGACAUAUCAAGGGGACCUCUCAUCUCAAGCACACAUCUGAUUGGGCGAUAUGAUUUAGUAGCGGUGCAUAACAUAGAAAGUCCAGAAUUUGGUCCCUUGAAGAGAUUCCAAGGUCUUGGAUUGCCAACUCAACUACACAUGCACUACUGGACUUAUGAAUCAUUACACAACAGAGCAGCUAAAUUGAACAUGUCUCCAGUGCCUACCAUCAGGAUUCUUCCAGCCAAGAAAGCUGUCAAUGGCGAUUGAAAACCCUGAAACACCCAAAAUUAUUUCAAGAUUUUAAAGUUGUCAGCCAUUGUUACUUCCUGGGGCCCUAAAGCCUAGUAAUCUACAAAUAAUAUUGGAUGUUUAAGUGUCUGAUUUAUCGGAAUACCGAUUUCUUCAUGCGCUGUAUGAGAAAUGGAAGAAGUAUUUGAGACUAACAGUUUGGGUAAAAAUUAUGCUGUUUUGAUGAUAAAUAACUGGAGCCUAAGACUGAGCCAGUUUUCUGAAUGCCCUGCAGAAUACCUGUGAAAUAGACUUGGGAUUUGUAAUACAUAUAUGUAAUUAAGAUAGAAUCAUAAGUCUGAGGCUUAUAACUUAUAUUCUGUAUUACAUUGCUGGAGUGCUGAUAAAUACU